AUAAAAUAGAUUUGCUUCCUCGACGUCGUAGUUAGUAAUAUAUAUAAGUUAACGGUACACAGCGGGGCUUGCAGACGCCGCUUCCUCGCCCUGGUGCAGAGGCUCCUGCCGCUGGGCAAAAGGGCGCAAAAGGCGGAGAUCCACAAAAGUCCCCGCGACACCGAGACGGGUAGCGAGGGGAGAAUUUCGCUUUCGCUUUCGCUCCCCCGGCUCUGAGGGAGAAGAAGAGGCAGGGGCUGCGGCGGAGGCCUCCUCACGCUCCCUUCCUCCGAAUAGGCACGGGGGCCGCGCCAGCGCUGCGGGAGCCGGGAGAGCAGAUUUGUCACUGGAUACAAUAACAACCUGACACUGAGAUUGCUGCUUCCAGAUUAUACAGUUGCCUUGAAGAAGCUGAAAAUGUUUCUAUUGCUAGUCAUUUUAAGUCUUGUUCCAUUUUUGAGCUGUAAUCUCAAUAGCCAAACAACAGAUUCAUUCCCUGGAGGUGGAAGUAAUCAAUUUCCUUGGAAUAAAAGUAGGCUUCCCAAGCAUGUUGUCCCAGUUCAUUAUGAUCUUCUUAUUCAUCCAAAUCUCACCACUUUAACUUUUACUGGACUGGCCAAAAUAGAGAUUAUGGUAAUUGAACAAACUAGUUCAGUCAUCCUGCACAGCAAAUAUCUCCAGAUCACCAAAGCUACCAUCCAAGGAGCAACAGGAUCCCCUGAUGCUGAUAAAGAAGUGACUGUUUUAGAAUACCCACCAUAUGAACAGAUUGCACUCGUUGCUACUGAACCACUGCAAAUUGAGCACAAGUACAUUAUUAGCAUUGAGUAUUCUGCUAAUCUCUCAGACAGUUUUCAUGGAUUCUAUAAAAGCUCAUAUAGAACUCCAGAAGGAGAAGUAAGGGUGCUUGCAGCAACACAGUUUGAAGCAACAGCUGCACGUAUGGCUUUCCCUUGCUUUGAUGAGCCUGCAUUCAAAGCUAAAUUUUCUAUUAAGAUCAUAAGAGAACCGAAACAUCUUGCACUAUCCAAUAUGCCCAUUGUGGAAUCCGUAAACAUCAGAGGGCAGCUCAUUGAAGACCGUUUUGAUGUCAGUGUAAAGAUGAGCACUUACCUAGUGGCCUUCAUUGUUUCAGAUUUCAAAUCCGUUUCCAAGAUGACUUCCCGUGGAAUUAAGGUUUCAGUAUAUGCUGUACCACAUGUGAUCAACCAACUGGAUUAUGCCUUGGAUGCAGCAGUAAAACUGUUAGACUUCUAUGAGGGAUAUUUUAGCAUUCCAUAUCCUCUGCCUAAGCAAGACCUUGCAGCUAUUCCCGAUUUUCAGUCUGGUGCAAUGGAAAAUUGGGGAUUGAUUACAUACAGGGAAUCUGCUUUGUUAUAUGAUCCUGAAAAAUCCUCAGCGUCAAGUAGACUUGGAAUUACCUUGGUUAUAGCCCAUGAACUUGCUCACCAGUGGUUUGGAAAUCUAGUCACCAUGGAAUGGUGGAAUGAUCUCUGGCUCAAUGAAGGAUUUGCAAAUUUUAUGGAAUUUGUGUCUGUAAAUGUUACCCACCCAGAACUGAAAGUUGAAGAUCAUUUUUUAGACAAUUAUUUCUCUGCUAUGGAGGUAGACGCCUUAAAUUCUUCACAUCCUAUAUCGACCCCUGUUGAAGAUCCAUCUCAGAUUCUAGAAAUGUUUGAUAGAGUUUCCUAUGAGAAGGGUGCUUGUCUUCUAAAUAUGCUACUGCAUUAUAUCAGCCCAGAAGUGUUUAGAGCUGGAAUUACAAAAUAUCUGUCACAAUUCAGCUAUCAGAACACAGAAAACAAAGAUUUGUGGAACAGCUUGUCAGGUGUUUGCCCUGCAGAAGCAGCAGGUCGAGGACAAAAUGAUGGGGUUUGUGGCAGAAGCCAGGAGACAAUCUCAACUUCUCACUGGACCCAAAAUGGGCUUCAUGAUGUGAAGACCAUGAUGGACACUUGGACACUGCAGAAAGGAUUCCCAGUGGUAACUGUGACAUUAGAAGGGAAGAAAGUCCAUGUACACCAAGAGCACUAUGUGAAGGCUUCUAGUUCUUCUGCACCAACCGGGAAUCUGUGGCAUGUUCCAUUAACGUAUAUUACCAGUAAAUGUGCUGAAGUUAAGAAGUUUUUGCUGACAACUAAAACAGAUGACAUCAUUCUCCCAGAAGAAGUGGAGUGGAUAAAAUUUAAUGUUGGAAUGAAUGGUUAUUAUAUUGUGCACUAUGGAGAUGACGGAUGGGAUGCCCUAAUUCGUCUUUUGAAAGAAAACCAUAAAGCAAUUAGCAGCAAUGAUAGAGCAAGUCUCAUCAAUAGUGUAUUCCAGAUGGUGAGUGCCGAAAAGCUGUCGAUUACUAAAGCUCUUGAUUUAACAAUAUACCUACAACAUGAAACUGAAAUUACUCCCGUGCUGGAAGGAUUGGAUGAGCUGAUACCUUUGUACAAACUUACGGAGAAGAGGGACAUGAGAGACAUAGAUAAUCAAUUAAAGGGAUACAUAGUCAAACUAAUGAAAAACAUGAUUGACAAACAGUCUUGGGACGAUGCUGGGACAGUGUCUGAGCGACUCCUUCGGAGCAGUCUUCUGGGGUUUGCUUGCGUACGAAAGUACCAGCCGUGUGUGGACAAAGCAAAAGAGUUCUAUACAAAGUGGAAGGACUCCAAUGGAAAUUUCCAUUUGCCCAAUGACAUCAAGUUUGCGGUAUAUGCUGUUGGAGCACAGACGGACGAAGGCUGGGACUUCCUUUUCAGCAAACACAAGCUGCCCACAUUUAAUACUGAGAAAAGGAUAAUUGAAUCUGUUCUCAGCUUAAGCCCAAAUAAGGAGAAGCUUGAAUGGUUAAUGGAGCAAGGUUUAAAGGAUGACUUAAUAAAAAUGCAGGAUCUUCCGUAUAUUGUUCUCUCCGUUGGUAGGAAUCCUGAGGGUUAUCAGUUAGCCUGGAAGUUUCUAAAGCAGAAUUGGCAGACAUUUGUAAAAAAGUUUGAACUUGGUUCGAAUACCGUUGCACACCUGGUUACUGGAUUGACAAAUAAAUAUUCCACAAAGGAACAACUUGAAGAAGUAAAAAGUUUCUUCAACUCCCAAGGCAAAAAAGUUUCAGAGCUCCGUGCUGUCUACCAAGCAAUAGAAACCAUUGAAGAAAAUAUUCAGUGGAUGGAUAAGAGCCUUGAAAAAAUCAAGGAAUGGUUACACACCAAUAGCGGAAUGUGGAACUCUGCAUGAAGCACAAUUUCAGAAUGAAGAAUGAUUUUGCGCUGGAAGACUGCUCCUUUGCCUUAAUGGGAAAAAGCAACAACCAUGUUAUUGGCUGGAAUGCUGAGGUCACGUAACAAACACCGUGAAUAAAUAUUUGAAAUAAAACACAGCCAUUUAAGUAAAACAAA